ACUGCUCAAAUAAUCAAUUUUUAUCACCGGCAAAACAGAAUUCACUGGCAACUUUCAGUCGUCAUUAAGAAACACCCAAUUACACAGAUGAUUUGUUCGAACACAAUACGUGGCUUAGGGAAAUGUGCCGCUAAAUUGGCGCAAAAGCGUUCAACUAUAUGUUCGCUCAGUACAGAUUAGCCUAUUUCGUCGACUUAACAGGUCCGUUAUCGCUAUAACCUGACGUAAUUUGCCACAUAUGAGGUUAGUAGUGGGUGUUCAUUGACGUUUGCGUCUUCAAGCAUCCUUGACUCUCGUGACUAUACAUUCGACGGUGUCCUCUUCAUAAUUGCUUUGUCUGCGCUGUUGUAAUUAGCAGCCAACCUGUUGCAUAUUUAUUCUUAUGCAAAAAUGUCUACGCAUCGUUUUAGGAAAAAAAAAUUUUCAUCCACGACGCCUUUAGCCGAAAGCGACCAACGUAUAUCUUACGGUUUGAUUCAAGAUUUUUUUUCAACAAUGAAGUAAAAUGGAUUCAGAAGUAAAUGACGAUAUUGAGCACACCGUCAAAGACAUUUUUAGAUCUUGGGACUUAAACAAGAGCGGCUUCAUCGAGAAGCCUGAACUAGCAUGUUGUUGCGCGGAGUUGAAUUUGACAAAGCUAGAAAUCGAAGAUUUGUUCAAUGAGCUUGAUGUGGACAAAGACAACAAGAUUAGUUUACUGGAUUUUUCGAAAGGUUUCAAACGUGUUUGCUCGUUGUUCGAGGCGGAUGUUGAGGAACUUUCUAUCGCGGAGAAAGAGAGAAAAAAGUUCGACAAACUGCUCGACGCAUUAGGAGUCAGGGAGCUCUUAUCAGGCCAAGAGUAUGUGUCUGAUUUGUUUCACUGCCUUCAUAACUCAAGUGAAUCACCGCAACUCAUAGCUUUGCUGGAGAGUUUUCUGUUCAGUGUUGUUAGGGAUGUCAAACAUUAUUCCUCUGAGAAUCAACGGCUGGAGGAGGCCCUCAAGAGAACAUGUGAAAAGCACUCAGAGCAUAUGGAUCAACUUGAUAAUGAGCUUGAACAACAGAUGCAAAGACUUGAAUCACGCAUCAGAAAGGAGGAAAAAAGCAAACAAGAAAGGUCUAACUUGGAUAUUGUCUGGCAACUGGAAAAUAAAAAUAAAGAGAUACAAACGUUAACAGCAAGAGUACAAAAGCUUGAAGGAAAGCUUAAGAGAAAGGAACCUGAGGAACAAAAGAUCAAAGAAGAAGUCGAUGAUAAAGUUCAAGAGAUAAGAUAUCUGCAGAGUCAGUUGACAGAUGCCCAGACUAACUUAGCUGUCUUGCGAAGUGAGCUUGCCCAGCUUAGAAAUGAUUAUGAGGAACAGGAAUCCCAGCUUACUGCGGAAAAGAGAACUGUUCUGGAAUGUGUGCAAGAACAAGAAAGUUUGACAAGGCAGCUUCAGUUACUACAUGAGGCAAACAAAAAACUUCAUGACACAAAUGAUGACUUGCGGGCAGCUCUAGAGACAAGGAAAAAUAGCGACAAACUAAGCCCAUCACCAAGCAAGAGGCAUUCAAUAUCAACGUUUUACUCUCCUACAUCAAGUAUGACAUGGAAAGACAACAAAUCACCCAGCCAAAGCAGGUGUUCUUCAGGAUUUGGGGAUUGUGGGGUAGACAGUUUGGAUGGAAAACCUGCUCAAACUACACCAUCAAGAAAUGUAGCGUCCUCUUUACCCAACAGCAGCAGUAAUUCUCGGCGGGGAUCUACUGCUUUACUGCCCAGUCAACAGAGUUGUGAGGUUGAUGAUGAUUCUCUUGCUGGUGAAAGCUCAUUGAUGACGGAGUUAAUGCAGGUUCAGCAGCUCACAGUUCCAGAAGAUAUCACUGAAGAAGAAACUAAAUCCACACAGCGGUUAGACUAUAACAACAAUGCAGGCAUACUUAACAGUCGGGAAACCGGCCAAGUACAUCAUUUGCUACCUCCUGCAAGGCAAUCGUGUGAAGUGGAUGAUCAUGUUUCAAUUGAAGACAAGUCCUUGCUUGAUGAGCCUGUCAUUGUGGGGUAUUGUUCAAUGAAUUUUCAUAGAGACGUAGAGGAUGAAGAUGAAGCGUACAAUUCAUUGAGGUCAUCCGAGCGGAAGUCAUUCUCCAAGCAACUGGACAUUUUACAGGAAACCAAUAAAAGAUUAUGUGAGAGUAAUGAUGACUUGCGUGCAGCUCUUGAGGCUUUGACAGGAAGAAGGUCAUCCAAGUUAUCUAAGGCACGAAGAAAUGGGGAGAAAUGUCACAGGAAUCCCAGCAUUCACAGUGAUUAUGGCUCCAUAUCCAGUCGCAGUAUUACUCCUAACCAUCUGCAGGGACCCAAGUCGGAGGAUGAUGUUGCCGAUGGCGCUGAAGCUGAAGAACCUGGCGAGUUGUCUGGAUACGAACCUGAGUCUGACGUGAACACUGUGACGGUAAACGCUCGCCAUUUUGAAGAGGCUCCUAAGUUGUCCAAACUGACAGCCACCCCACACGAGUUUCACGUGGCACUUAAAGAACACACCAGUGAUGUAAUGUGGGAAAGUGACCCGGAGACCGACCCAGUCCCUGCCCAACCAACACAUCACCAACAUGAACACCAGCAACAACAACACCUGGCGGCAAACGUUGAGACAAACGCAAGCAAUUUAACACACUCUCCGUUCGUACGGAAUAGUCUUUCGAGAAAACCGUGCAGGCAUAAAAGUCUUGAACAGUUAUUCAAUCAUUCAAACAGUAAAGGUGAUCGAUCGGCCUGGCCGCCCAUAGCUCGAGCCGGUAAAUGGAACAGUAUGGAACAAGUGAGAAGGAGAAACGAUUUUAUUGGAGAGCGCACUCGAUCACUACCCACAUCGCGCUGGCAAAGCGACGAAAAGGUCAACCUGGGUCAAGGGAUAGGUCUUUGGCAGCUCUCUGAAAAGCUUAAUGUUUUGCGCGCCAGUAGGGAAAGUGUGGCAGAGCUAAAAGAUGAUUUUAAAGUAAAUGUUAUCGCUGCUUCUCACGAACCGGUUAUACAGAGCUUCAAUACUGAAAAUCGAACAAUUUUUCAAGAAGAUUUAGGUCAGUUAGUAAGAAAACCUUCUCUUAGGCAAAGGAUAUUCCACGACAAAAAGAUCACCGAAAAACCUGUGCCUGAGGACAAAAGCACACCGACCCCAGUUGACUUCGCUGAAGGUUCAAAUUUAAGAAGGAGAAAUUCUUUGGUAAUAAAACGCAACAGAACCAAGACAGACUCGCUUCCUGAAUCUGAUAACAGCAAACCUGACACGUUCAGCGCAGAACUUGAAGCUCAGUUCAAAAGUGUAAUCGAAGAAGACGACGAAGACAUCGAUGAAGAUGACGUAGGAGACGAGGAAUUAGCUCAGUUGGUUGCCAUGGCAAGAGCAAAUACUGAGUCUGAAGAUGAUUCCGAGACGGAAGCAGAAGCGCCCGAGGAGGAGAGGGUGCCAGCUGUUGGUUCAGACUCUUUGUCUGAGGCGUCCUCAAAUACGCCAUUACAUGCGUCAGUAGCAGAGAUUAAUGUUCCAGAGCGCAUGUAUAAACUGGUUUUAGCAGGAGACGCAGCAGUUGGCAAAUCAAGCUUCAUACUCAGACUCUGUAGGAACAGAUUCCACAGCGCGCUGAAUUCCACGCUCGGCGUUGAUUUUCAGAUGAAAACACUGGUUGUAGAUGACAAAACCAUCGCAUUUCAAUUGUGGGAUACUGCUGGCCAAGAAAGGUUCCGCAGUAUUGCCAAGUCUUACUUCCGCAAAGCAGACGGGGUGUUAUUGCUGUAUGACGUCACUUGUGAAACAUCCUUUAUUAAUGUUCGUGAUUGGGUGGAAGCUAUUGAGGACAGUACAUCCAAACCGAUUCCCAUCAUGCUGUGCGGCAACAAGACUGAUUUGCGCCAGUCUUAUAUUGCUGAAGGAAAGACCGUAAUUACAGAAGAAAAUGGGGAGAAAUUAGCGAGAGAAUAUGGUGCUUUGUUCAUCGAAACAAGUUCAAAAGAAAACAGGAAUAUAACAGAUGCUUGUAUUGAGCUGGGAAGAUUGCUGAGAAAAAUUGAGGAUACAGAAGUGGAACAAAGCCAUGGGGUAACGCUGAAAGAAGGAGACGAGAAAAGCAAGAAGGAAUCAUGUUGCCUCACAUAGCCAGCGAAUGAAUGGGUAACGAAACCAUAGGGAUCGAGAGAUAUUAAUGUAAAGAAACUCUGGAUUUUAUUUAUUUCAUAUUGUUAGCUUUUCAAAGAAGCCAUAUAUAUUUAACUGUGUCUUACCUGUGAGAUAAUAAUUAGUUUUAAAGCAUAUUUCGUCACUGGAGUGCUCUGUAAAUUAGUCGUAUCUAAAGGAAUUUCAAUCGGAAUUUUUUUUAAUGUGUGAUGGGUUGAUGUCUUAUCAUACCAUGUAUGUCACAAACUGUUUUCUUAGCAUUAACAUUAACUCAUUUAAAUUGCGUCUUAUUGAAGUGACCGCUAAUUUUUUAGACUAAAACUAAGUGGUAUAGUCAGCAUUGAGAUAUUUUCAUUUUUUAGCACCAAAUUUUUUGUAAAUAUUUACGACGCAUCACAUACAAAUAUCCAAUUGUUUUUUGAUUUUUCUAAUUUUUACGCCAUUAACGUUUUCCUCUCAGUAGCAUAAACUGACAGGAAUGAACGUAAAGCUCAUGUGACAAAAAGAAGGACAUGUAUAAUUCAGCGCAACUCGUUCGAAAAGGAUGAAAACGGAUAUAGCUAAUUGUAGUAGCUAUUUGCAAAGUGUAUACUGUGAGUUGUUCCUGCUUCGGGCGAGAUCCAUCGCACGAGUCAAAAAUAGUUCUGCCAGUGAACAACAACAAAAAAAGGCCUGCGCGGAAUUCUGAGAGUGAAGCGCACCUAAAGACCGCACUUUUCGUGGGCCUCACUCCCAGAGUUCUGCGCGGCGUACUAACAUCAGUUUUUUUUUUUUUUUUCACUGAUUUUUUUUAACCCGCGCGGCGGAUUUCGCCGGAUAGGAGAGACAACUUGUAGUCUAGCAAUGUUUGCUUUACAACUUAACCUAAUCAGCAACAUCCCAAAAUAGGAAGCAACUUUGCUAAUUCGUUUCAUAUUUCGUUAUGUUAGAGUUGUGUUGAAAAAACGCGUUUGGCAAAGGAAGCUGGUAUUCCUGUUGUUAAAACAGGCUGUUGAACAUGGUGGCGCGUUGCCAUAAUUACUCAUACGUUUGUACUUUUACAAGUUUUUAUUUAAGGACACUGAAUGGUCGCUCGCGUCGGUAAUCGAUAAAAAUCAUAAUUGUAACCAUUUUGUAUAUAAAUUUUAUGGUCGCCAUGCAUUACACGACGCAGAAUUAUGAGAUGGAUGGUCUUAAAGUUGUCUUAACUCUGAA